CUUCAUUUUGGCUCUUCGCUAGCUUAAGGCAGUGUUGCGUUACGACAGUCGCGUAACUCCCGGGAACGACGCUCGACAGCCAAUAGCGACUUUGAGAGUUACUUCUAUUGUUUAACACGUUAGGUUAUUACAUUUCUUAAGUUGAGAGUCUCCGUUGCAGUUGCAUAUACGCCAGGCGAUGGGGGCCGUAACAGAUGAUGAAGUAAUCAGGAAAAGGCUGCUUAUUGAUGGGGACGGAGCAGGGGAUGACAGAAGGAUUAAUGUUCUCAUGAAGAGCUUCAUCAAAUGGUGUAAUUCCGGCUCUCAAGAGGAGGGAUAUACACAAUACCAGCGGAUGUUAGGAAGUCUGACACAAUGUGAAUUCUCAAUGGGGAAGACACUGCUUGUAUAUGACAUGAACUUGAAGGAAAUGGAGAACUAUGAAAAAAUAUACAAAGAUAUUGAGCAAAGUAUAUCAGCUGCCCAUGAAAAAAUAGCCGAGUGUAAAAGAGAAAUUCUUCAAGCAAAGAGAAUACGGAAGAAUAGACAGGAAUACGAUGCUUUAGCAAAGGUAAUUCAGCAGCAUCCAGACAGGCACGAGACACUAAAACAGCUUGAAGCCCUUGACAAAGAACUGCAGCGCCUCUGCCAUAUAAAAGAAAGCGUAGAAGAAAAGCUGGAAUUGAGAAAGAAACAGUUUCACGUCCUAUUGAGCACCAUCCAUGAACUUCAGCAAACUCUGGAAAAUGAUGAGAAAUUUUCAGAAGUUGAGGAGUCCCAAGAAAGCCAAAUGGAAACAGAAAGUGGGAAGUGAAAGCAAGCUCACCACGUCACUGUACCUUUUAAAUUGUUCAGAAACCUACAGUUGGUAACAUUGCUUGUGGUUCAGAAAGUUUUGGGUUUCUGUUAGGUUGUGACUACAUUUGGAUUUUGUGUAAACUCAGCUUUGAAGAAGGCCGACCCUUAUAUUUGUAUAUAGUCCUGUGUGUGUGCUGCGGACAGGUCAAGAGUAUAGAAGAGCUGCUGCUCCUGUAUUGGUAUUCACAGUCCUUUUUGAAAUUUUAUUGAAAUUCCAUAGUCCAUUAAACCAUUUUCAGUGUUUUU